AUGACGGACGUCUUCAUCGAGUUUGACCGCCAGCUUGGUAAGAAGGUGUUCAAGCCAGACCGCACCAAGAACCAGAGUCGGAUGAGCUUGGCGGCAAAUGAAGCUGUCAUUAUGAAGAAAUUGGUUGGAGCCUUGCGAGGGUUGUGGCGCUCCAGCAAGGGCAAAGGACUUGAUGACAAAGUCACUGAGCUCAAAGGCUUCCUCCUGCCCAGCCCCCGUCCUGAAGGUCGUGCCCAUGAACCUCUUGAGGAUGAGGCUGAUGAGGAGGCUGAUGAGGGUCGCAAUGAGGGUGAUGAUGAGGGUGAUGAUGAGGCUGGUGAGGGUCCCAAUGAGGGUGAUGAAGAGAAUGAAGAACAAGGUGUGGAUGGUGGGGGUGAUCUUGAGGAUGCCCCCGAGACCAGCUCUGACUAUGAUGGAGAGCCCUUGAGUGAACCUUCUCAUUCUGUGCUUGGUGACCAGGCGGAGAAGAAGCCUUUCAACAAAGCUCUCAGCGUCAUGAACCUGGAGGAGACCAUCGAUGAGAAGGUGGCAGGUUCGACUGAGACACCUGUGUGCAAGAAACCCCGAUGCUAUUCCAAAGCAAAGAAAAUUGGCGAAAUCAAAAAGCGUGACCACUCGGCCCAGAAUGUGGUUGGUGAGGUCAUGACCAAGUUCAAGCAAUACGAUUUGGAUAAGUUGGACAUUCCACGCGCAGCCCGGCCACCUGUUGAUGGCAACCACCAGGGUAAACAUGGCUAUACUCUGAAGCAGGACUCUGGAGCUGUCACUGUUUGCACCGCCACCGUGUCUUAUCAAAAGAAUGCACUCCACGAUACCACCAUAUCUUGGAAUUCCGAUAACCUAUCCCCGCGCCACUCCAGACCCUUGCUAAAGACCAAAGCGUAUGUGGUCAAGCGCACCUCUGCCAGCGACUCUGAGAAGGAAAACCUUCAACGAGGACAAAUCACUUGGAAGAAGUUUGGGGGUCCAGGUGAUGCAUGGAAGGUGGCAAUGGAGAGAGCAGGGUGGGCUUCCUAG